GGAGGAGACCAGGCGCCGCCGCGAGUUCUGCGACAGCAUCGAGGGCUACGGCAGCGUGUGCGCAUGCGCGGAGCCGGCGCCGCUCCAGUUCAACGCGGAGCCGAUCCAGGGCAGCCGCGUGGCCGGCGUUCCGGUCCUCGUCAUCUCCAGCAACCGGCCGCACUACCUGUACAGAGCGCUGCGCUCGUUACUGUCGGCGCAGGGCGUGGACCCCAGCAUGAUCACCAUCUUCAUCGACGGCUACUUCGACGAGCCUCUGAAGGUGGCUCGUCUGUUCGGGCUGCGCGGCAUCCAGCACACGCCCAUCGGCACCAAAAACGCCCGCGUCAGUCAACACUACAAGGCGGCGCUGACGGCCACGUUCAACCUGUAUCCCGACGCGGAGCACGCCAUCCUCGUCGAGGAGGACCUGGACGUGUCGCCCGACUUCUUCAGUUUCUUCAACCAGACGCUGCACCUGCUGGACGAGGACCGCACGCUCUUCUGCGUCUCGGCCUGGAACGAUCAGGGCUACGAGCACACGGCCCAGGACGUGUCCAAGGUGUACCGAGUGGAGACGAUGCCCGGCCUGGGCUGGGCCUUGCGUCGGGACCUCUACAAGGAUGAGCUGGAGGCCGUCUGGCCCACUCCUGACAAGAUGUGGGACUGGGACAUGUGGAUGAGGAUGCCGUACGUCAGAAAGGGCCGCGAGUGCGUGAUACCGGACGUCUCGAGGACGUACCACUUCGGCUCUACCGGCAUCAACAUGAACUCUUACUUCCAAGACAACUACUUCAAGAAGCAUGCCUUCAACGUCAAGCCCCACGUCACUCUCAGCAACGUGGACAUGUUAAAAAGGGAAAAGUACGAGCAAGAAGUAACAUCACUGCUGAAAUCAGCGCACGUGCUAAACCACACCAAAACUCCAUGCGAUGCUGAUUUUAUCCCUUCUAGUCAAGCGGGAAAAGUUAACGUGCUUUACAUCAAGAUGAAGAAAGAAAAAGAUACGAAGAACUGGCUUAAGGUGGCCAAGUGCCUGAAGGUCUGGGACCUGGACGCGCGAGGCUACCACCGCGGCAUGUGGCGCAUGUUCUUCGGCGGCUCGCACCUGCUGGUGGUGGGCGUGCCGUACUCGCCGUACUCGCGGCACAAGCCCGCGCACUUGGUGCCGCUCGCUAUCGACUCGGACUCGCGGGGCACGGACAGGUAGCGCCAGCGUCGCUAGCGGUCCGCCUCAUGUGAUAACCUGUGACCAGCCUACUACCGACUGGCGGUCGCGAGGGUCCGCCUCACGCGUGAGCGGCGCCCCGGCCCUGUUCGCGGCCCGUACUGGGUCGCCGUCGCAAACGGUGCGUCGGGGAACCAGCGAGCAAACGCUGUAAAACUAAGCUGGCACUGUGUCCGCCUCACUGGCAUUUAGCCGCCUGUAGAACCCGCCCUGUUUAGUGUUGUCCGAGUGUGCGCCGCUAUGUCGGGAAGACGCAUGGUGUGUUUCAGCUGAUACUGUUGGUGACGUCAUGCGUUGCGUGGUUGUGGUGGUCUGGAAAGUGGCCAAUCAAAGUGUAUACGUAUACGCGCCUCAACGAAGACAUGGCAUCGGUAUGUCAUGGUCAAGCUCUGGUAGCGUUCGUGGCUCUGCCACCCUUAGCUGAUCAUGAAGGAAGAAAUAUUUAUGUGAUGACAACGAAUAGUUAUAAAUACUCGCCCUGUUCUUCGACUACGUCUUAGAAAUGCGACGUCAGCACUUGGCCUUUGAUUCGGAUCAAUCUGUCUAUUCCAAGGGUCCAUGCAGGCUUGUGGGGCCGGGGCAGAUGCAUGCGUGGAGAUAAAACGGGUAUGUGGUCGAUUGUUGUCGAUCUGCUUCUUCCAGAAAGUCGCAUGUGCUUGCGUACAUUUUUGCAGCUACAAUUUUGGAGUGCUGGAAAGGAACUAAGCCGCGUCCAGGCUUAUUGGGAGCUUAAAGAUUGCAGCGAAUCGAGAAUUAGCAAGUGACAUUGUGCCGGCAAAUGUUCAGAACUUGUUCCUGCUCGCGCGUUUGAAAUAUGGACGUUUUAUUGGCGCAUUUGCGUAUGACUGCAGUUGCAGGGCAGUAAAUUGAGUCCUAUAUCUACCCAAUUGUAACGUAAUCAAAGCCGGACAGUGAUCGGUUCUGUCGAGGUUCUCGAGUCGUGUAUAGAUUCGUGACGCUCAGACUGGCAAGCGGUAUCGGUGCAUCGUGUUCUGAUUAGGUGCGGCGGCACCAUGUUGGGAUCUCACCACCUCGUCAAGGCAAGCCAGCAAGCGCGCCUGGUGGCGGAAUCACACUUUUCUAAGCUCCGUGAUACCAGCCUCGCGCGGUGAUAGCUAUGGAUGCAGCGUAUUCGGAUUGGUCAUGGCAGCACCAUGUCCGGAUCUCAGUACCCUGAACGUAGUUGAGUGCCAGCUUAGUUUUCAGUUUAGUGUCAUCUCUUCGCGCCUUCAUUCCUUAGCAGCUGCAAUGUUUCGUCCAUCGCUUUUUUCGUCGGGGCCCCUGCUUCUCGGUAUCGGCGGGGUUAGGGUAGGGGGGGGAGGGUCAGGCUGCUUGGCCACGUGAUAUGUGGAUCUGUGAAGAUCCUACCGCUAGAAGGGCGUCGCUCAGACCGGGCUGAUGCUGGCCUAUACGCUCUGUCGAGACUGUGCUGGGCUUGCGUUUGUGAACCACAUGUGGCGACCACGAGUGGUUGGGUGUGGCCCUGACCCAGGGAGUGCUCGUGCGCCGGCCCUGGUAGGGGGCGUGUGACGCGCGUCGCUGACAUGUCGGCUGUGGCGCAGCAGCACGCAGCACGCACCUGUGCGUGCCGCGUCCUUACUGACUGUAAUACAGCUGUGUCAACA